UAAAAGGCAGAAGAAAAUAUCGUUUCUUCUUCGUUCGUUGUCUCCCUGUCUCUCCCCUCAUGGCGUUUGGAAACCCUAAUUAUCGACCUUGGUGCCGUUGCUGAGGGACUACGCAGGAAACCCAUUUACCCUACCGAGUCCGACUUGUUGCUUCCGCUGUCCCCCUCUUUCUUUUAGGUACUAGACAGAGUCGAAUUGAAGGUCCAAUCUGAAAUUGGGUAAGUGAGGAGAAUGCACGUUUUGGCUGCAGCCUGCGGGCCAGUAGCUUUUCUUCUUUUAGUUGAGGCAAAGGAGGGGACGUUGUUAUUUCGAAGGUGAAUUUGAUGGCAGAAGAAGGUUCAAAGUUUGGCUUCAAUCAUCUACAUGGAAAAUCUGGAUUUUCUUCGGGUUUGGCAGUUUUAUUGGCCAGUGAAGGCCGGAAGGACAAAUCUCAGAAAGCUCAUCUUGUUUCGAGUUGUGAUGAUGCCAGUUCGCGAUCAGUUGAGCAUAUGCUUGAGUAUAUAUUUGACCUGCCCUUUAGGUCUAUCCGUUUACCAACAAGUACUGUAGAUGUCAGCUUUGUGCAGUCAACCUUGAGAAGAGAAAUUGAAAGGUUGCUUGCAAAGCGAGAAGUAAAAUUGGGUGACAGAGACGGGGUCUUCAUUUUUGACAAUGGAUGUGGUGCCAGUGAGGUUGUUAUUGAUGAGGCUAGUAUUUGCGGGGACAUUAGGAUCUCUAAGCAACCGCUGCUGGUAGAGAGCAUGGCUCCUUUUAGCAGUGCCCGUGCUAAUGCUUGCAUGUGGAAAGGGAAAUGGAUGUAUGAAGUGAUAUUGGAAACAGCCGGCAUUCAGCAGCUUGGUUGGGCCACUGUUUCAUGUCCUUUUACUGAUCUUAAGGGUGUGGGGGAUGCUGAUGACUCCUAUUCCUAUGAUGGCAGGAGAAUUAGUAAGUGGAAUAAGGACCCAGAGAUGUAUGGGCAACCAUGGGUUGUUGGGGAUGUAAUAGGAUGCUGCAUAGAUUUGGACUUGGAUGAGAUCUCAUUCUACAGGAAUGGUGUUUCUCUUGGUGUGGCAUUUGACGAAGUGCGAAAGAUGGAGCCCAGGGUUGGAUAUUACCCAGCUUUUUCUUUAUCACAAGGCGAGAGAUGCGACCUUAAUUUUGGCUCCAGGCCUUUUAGGUAUGCUAUUGAUGGAUUCCUUCCAAUCCAAGCAGCUCCUGCCUUUAAUUAUGAUGGGAAGUUGGACUCAGCUGCCACUGUUGCUACCUACCUUCUCCGUUGCUUAUUCAGGCUAGUAAAGUUACACUGUGCAGAUACUUCUGCUUCCACAUCAGUCGACAAUUUUCAAAGAUGGAGGAGGUUUGCUUCAGUUGAGCAAGUUUUCAAUCCAAUCUGUCAAGCUACUUGCCAAGAGUUUUUCUCUGCAUUUGGCAAAAUGACAGGGGCUUUAGAGUAUAUUGGCCGAGGCCCAUUGAUGUCAUUCUUUCUAGAAGUGUUUGGGAUGCAACCGCCCCAUGACUACUCAAGUCUGGGCAGAAUUUUGGAUCACUUUAUGGUAUUUCCACAGUUUGAAUUGAUCUUUCGACAUGUGUUACAUGCACUUGCUUGUGGUUGCAAAACUGCACCUCUAGUGCUGAUGGAUUGUCCUUAUUCUGGGCCAUACCCUUACCUUGCAUUAGCUUCUUAUCUUCUGAGGCGAGAAGAACUGAUGUUGCAGCUAUGGAAGUCUCCAGAUUUUGAGUUUCUUUUGGAAGGAUUACUUUCAAGAAAAGGCCCAAACAAGCAUGAUUUACAGUGCUUUAUGCCAGCUGUUUGGUGGCCUGGAUCUUGUGAGGAUGCAUCUUCGGAGUCUAGUAUGACAUUGACAACAACAGCAUUGUCAAAUGCAAUCAGUAAGGUUGAGGAGAUGCAACGGGAAGUUUGCAGGUUGGUCAUACAAUUUAUACCUCCAUCAUCACCAUCCCAGUCAUCUGGAUCAGUUUUUAGAGAUUUCCUGCAGAACCUUAUAUUGAAGGCUAGAGCUGCAGAUCGUAAGGUGCCCGCUGCUGGAUUUUCAAGCAAUUCUGUUCUUGUCUCUGUGUACACAGUUAUUCUUCAUUUCCUUUCAGAAGGAUUUGGUCUUGGCGAUAUUUCUGAACGUAUGAGGAGUCCAAUAACUGCAGGUUCAAAAGCUAGUGCUAGUGAAGGAUUCCUUCACAGAGGUGGUCAGCAAAGUUUCCCUGUAGGAUUGUUUCUUAGACCUGAUCCCCUUCACAUCGAUUUUGCUAGACUUGGAGGGACAUUUAGCCAUUUGAUAAAAUCUUAUCCAAUCAACGAUAGUGAACAAGAACUAGUUCAAUGGGAGGAAGGUUCCAUGGACAGCAAAGGGACACGAGUAACACACAGCACUAGAAAGAAGCCAUGUUGUUGUGCUAGUGCUGAUGCUGAUUUAGGCCGAGUUGGAAAGAAUCCCAUUAAGGUUGUCUCUAGAAGUCCUAAGGCUCACUGUACUGCUAUUCCUGAGAGAUCAGCACAUGUUGCUUCAGAGUGCAGUGCUAGUAGUCUGAAUGAUGAGAUUGUUGAUAAACCUAGUUCGAGUGGUCAGUCCAAUCCUGCCUUUGGUUAUCGACCUGUGCAGUGUAACAGAAGUGUGCCAAAGGCUAGUCAUGCAUCUUCAGAAACUCUACGAGAGGAGGAACUUUUGGAUGCUAUGCUCUUGCUGUAUCAUCUUGGUCUUGCUCCAAAUUUCAAGCAGGCAUCUCAUUAUAUGUCGCAUCAGUCACAAUGGAUCUCCCUGUUGGAAGAAACUGAUAAACAAAUAAGAUCAGAAAGGAAUUGCGCUGAACAGCUAAAGCAUUUGAAGGAAGUCCGAAAUGCUUAUCGGGAGGAACUAGUUGACUGUGUGAGACACUGUGCAUGGUAUCGUGUCUCUCUAUUUUCCAGGUGGAAGCAGAGAGGAAUGUAUGCUGCAUGCAUGUGGAUUGCUCAAUUGCUAUUGGUCCUUAGCAGAACAGAUUCACUUUUUGUUUAUGUACCAGAAUUUUAUUUAGAAGCAUUGGUUGAUUGCUUCCAUGCUCUACGAAGAAGUGAUCCACCAUUUGUCUCGUCGGCAUCUUUCCUGCAGCAAGGAUUAUCUUCAUUUGUUACUUUUGUGGUCACACAUUUCAACGAUCCUCGAAUAUCAAGUGCUGAUCUAAGAGAUGUCCUGCUCCAUUCAAUAUCUGUCCUAGUACAGUAUAAAGAUUAUUUCGCUGCUUUUGAGAACAAUGAAGCAGCUCUUCAGAGAAUGCCCCUUGCUUUGCUUUCUGCAUUUGACGAUAGAUCAUGGAUUCCUGUUACGAACAUACUUCUACGACUAUGCAAGGGUUCUGGAUUUGGAUUUUCAAAACAAGGGGAAUCUUCAUCAGUUCGUUUUCAGGGUUUAUUAAAGGAAGUCUGCCUCCUUGAUAAGGAAUUGUUCUCUACUUUUCUUAAUCGGCUAUUCAACACUCUGAGCUGGACAAUAACGGAAUUUUCAGUUUCUAUCCGAGAGAUGAGAGAAAAUUAUUUGAUUACAGAGUUGCAGCAAAGGAAAUCCACUCUCAUAUUUGACCUCUCUUGCAAUCUUGCAAGGGUGUUGGAGUUCUUCACACAUGAGAUUCCUCAAGCGUUUGUUUCGGGACCUGACAUGAAUCUGCGGAGGUUGAUUGAGUUGAUCAUCUUUAUUCUCAACCAGAUGACUUCAACAAUUGAUGUUGAAGUAUUUGAUAUGUCGAUUAGACGACAUGGCCAAUCUGUAGAGAAGCUUAAUAGAGCCAUGAUCUUGGCUCCUUUAGUGGGAAUGAUUUUGAACCUAGUGGAUGCAAGUGAGGAUCCCUUGCUAGUAAAACCGAAUGACAUCGUAGGAGUCUUUAUAAGCAUGGAUUGUGCUGCCACUGUCCAUUUUGGAUUCCAAUAUUUGUUGGAUUUCAAUUGGGGUGGCAUGCUCAGGGGCAAUAUUCCAUUUGUUAGACUCAAAAAGCUCGAGAGAUUUGCAAGCUGCCUGAGAAGCAGAAGAGAAGUGGACACCAUAGGCUCAUUAGGAUGCAUAGCAGAGGAUGACGAGGUGAUUUGCUGCAUUUGUUAUGCAUGCAAAUCAGACAGCCAGCUCAUGCCUUGCAAUCACAAAUCAUGUUUUGGCUGCAUAAGUAGACACCUGCUGAAUAGCCAACGGUGCUUCUUUUGCAACGCAACAGUUACCGAUGUGAAAGAAAUGACAGAUACAAGAUUAUAAGGUUUUUGAAUUUCGCUUGUCCACAUGCAGAGGCAUCAGCGAUUCGGUUGUUUUCAACUUCGCAUGUGCCAAGCUCCUACCGUGAGCAGCACUAGGCCAAAGGCCGAAGCUUGCUAGACAGCUACUAGCCUUCGACUUGUAUCAGAUGCUGCUGCAUUUUCAAAUUGCGGUAUUUUACUUACUUGCAUUUCUAUGCAAAAUAAUGUACAACCUGGGUUCAGGAAAAAGCUUGUGCUAUAGCAUUUAGUAGGAAUUUUGUAGAGGGAGAAAUUGGAAGAAAGGCACUAACUACUGUGUAAAUAUGAGUUGUAAAUGAAAGAAAAUCUCUCUCUCGCCUCAGUUUAUGA